AUGACCCAACAUAUCCGAUCAGAUUGUGGGAUGAGCGAGAGCAAGGACCCACCGGCCGUGAUGUAUGAGGACAAUGCAACAUGCAUUGCUCAGCUCAAAGACGGCUACAUCAAAGGAGACAGGACGAAUCACAUUUUGCCCAAGUUCUUCUUCACACACGAGUUGCAGAAAGCUGGAGAGGUCCAAGUGGUUCAAGUGCGUUCCAACGACAACUCAGCCGACAUGUUCACCAAAUCACUUCUGACUUGCACAUUCAGGAAGCUCACGCAUCAAAUUGGUAUGCGUCGACUGAAAGACCUUCAGUGA